AUGAUUAAACAACAACAGCAACCACAGACCAUUACAUACGCCAUAUAUGCAUAUAAUUCAAAGACGGCAGAACAAACGCAAAGGUUGAAAUAUGGAGAUUUGGAGAUAGUAUUGAAAAAUGAACAUUUCGAAUUCGUUUGCAAAGGUGGUGCAGUGAUAUCAAAUAUAAAAGAAAUUUUAUUUAUGAAUUCUAAAAUUAAAGGUAUAACGGAUGAUAUAACAUCAAUUCCGCCAGAAGAACAGAGAUAUUACGCAUUAAAUGCAUUUCCUAAAGUUUUGAAGAUUGGAAGAUUUAAUUUAAAUGAGGAAUUCAUAGAAGGUUUCCUAAAUGUCAUAAUGAAGAAGGUAGAUAAGGAAUAUGUGGAUGAAAAAGAUAAAGAAAUUAAAGAAAUGGUUGAAUGGUAUCAUGAAUGGACAUCAAAGAUUUUAAAAACUAAAGCUAAUACAGGAUGGGUUUCAGGAUGUUUAGACCUUAAAGCUGAUAAAACAUAUGUUAACGAUGAGUUAGAGAAGAAAGCAGAUAAAACAUAUGUUAACGAUGAGUUAGAGAAGAAGGCAGAUAAAACAUAUGUUAACGAAAUAUACCAAAGUUUGAUAGGAACAACGAAAAAUAUUGAAACUAUUGUUGGUGACUUUUCUGUCGAUGAAGAAAAUAAAUAUUUUAGAUGGCAGUUUGUACACUCCUUAAAAAAUGGUAUACUGUGGAAACUCAUUCCGAAAAAUAACAAUGAAAUGUAUGUAGGCUAUAUAAAGAAUAAUGGCACACAAGUUAAAGUUCCAUUAGACAACAACUGCUACUUAAACUUAUAUGGAGACGAACAAAAGAAAUAUUUAAGAGUUUAUGAAAUGGUAGAUAUGACAUUGCCUGACCCAGCUCCAGCACCAUAUUAUUAUGACUAUGGUGCUGACGCACGUGUAGACCCAAAAAAGCAAACAUUAUAUUUAGAAUAUUAUAGAUAUAAAAGAUAUAAUGCAAUAGAAAAAACGAGAAUAGUAUAUUAUUAUACAGAUGACAGAAAUAAAUAUUAUAGUCAAGAUUUUACCUACCCUGAAAACAUAAGAUUAUAUUAUAAAAAAUAUUCUGACACAAACCAGAAGAAACCUGAAAUAGUUACACUAUAUUUUAAGUUCAAAAGAGACAAUCCUAUAAUAUCUCAUAUGUUUGAUUUAAUGAACCCAGUAGGUUCUAUUUAUACAUCUAUGGAAGCAAGAGGUCCUCAAGUAAUGUUUGGUGUUGGUGCAUGGGAACAAAUAGUCGACAGGUUUUUGUAUUGUGCAAACUCUUCAAAGGAAACAGGUGGAAGUAAAACGAUUUCAGGUGAAAAUUUACCUGCACAUAGUCACUACAUAGAUUUAAGUACAUCUCAAGCAGGUUGGCAUAAGCAUAGAUAUUGGGAUUGGUCAGCAAUGACAAAAGGUAAAGGAUAUGAUGUUAAAGACAACGUUAAGUUUGCUAUAAAUUGUUACUGGAGUAACACUGAGGGAGGAGGAAACCAUACACAUCGCGUUUCAGGGUAUACGCAAACAACGGGACAAAGUAAAGAAUACAUGCCACCUUACAUGACAGUUUACGCAUGGUAUAGAGUUCAAUGA